GCCUUUGCACUACCGGUGCAGGGGCAGGCCCCGUACGAAUGCAAAGCAGAGCCGCAGGAUGAUGCCACAUGUUACUACGGAGCUGAUUAUGAGGCUUUGCCAAGCCCCCAACCUUUGCCGAGCCCAGUUCAGGAAGAACCUUUGCCAAGCCCUGACAUAGAGCCUUUGCCGAGCCCAGCCGCCCCGACCUUUCCUGAAGACUCCCCUUCCAAACCCCGGGGCCCUCCCGAGCCUCCUUCGUCUCUUGAACCCACUCAAGUGGAUGUGCCAGAAGCAGCAGAGCCUCAAGGGUCGCACCAGCUAGACAACCGCUCAGACGACGACAAGGAAGACGAGGAACAGUACGCAGUCGCUUCAAAACCGCCGCCGCCGCUAAGCAAGGAUGCUGUGUACCACAAGAUGCGACGGAUCAUGCAACCACGUGCCGACGGCUCUUACUUGCUGUCGCAAGACUUCCGGGAUCAAUACAAGGACAGGGACCUCUUCGUCAAGCGAUGCCGGUACAUCACGGAGUCGAUCCAAGAGGAAAGCCUCGAGAUCGAGGGGGAAUUUUUAACGAUGCAAGACAUGAUUGACUUGAAGUUCCCUCUCCAGAAGCGAAAGGGUGUCGUCGCUUAUUGCGAAAAGCGACCACAUCUGAAAAGGCAGUCCAAGUAUGGCUGCGGCACCAUGUAUUGGACGGACAUCCGUGUAAAGGGCAAGCUGACGAAGACCAAGCGACAGGCCUUCCAGGAGGCAAUGGAAUGGGAUGAGGAGACCGACGGUAAGAAGCCCUGCAAGAAGCAGAACAGCUUCGGCGAUUGGAGUCUCAUGGCUUCCGAUGCUGAGGACCCAUCCCUCAAUGUUGCCCUCGAGCCGGACAACGGACUCGAACAAGAGUUGGACGAUGACCCCGAAGAGGAGCCUGAGCAAGGCCAGCAGCUGAAGACUGGGUUUCCGGAGUUGGAGAAGGAUAUGGCCCCUUCUUCUGUGCUCAAGGACAAAUUGCCCGCCACGCUGAAGAAGCUUGAGUCAUGUGCUGAAACGAUGCACCGUGUUCAUGGAGAGGGUGUGUUGAACGGCUUCAGUCGCAAGAAGCAGCGGGACAUCUCGCACCAGCUGGACAUCGGCCAGACCCAUGCCCCGCCGGACCCGGAGAAGAAGCAGCUUGGUACAUCAUCCAGCCCCCAAUCGUCGAAAGCCGAGACGCCAAAGGCGAAAGCGAAGGCUAAGGCCAAGGCAAAGGUGCUGAAGAGAGUGUCGAGCAAGCGAUCCAUUCCUGAGCCGGCUGAGGAAACACCAGUUUCCAAAAGGAAGCGAAAGUAG